AUUCGCUUGUUGAGUAUGCGGAUAGAGCCCCCAUUGUUCCCACCCCACUCCUGCCUAAUAUGGAAUUCGCAAGGAAACCCAUGAUUUCCUGACACCAGCGGUGUGAAGCCGCGUAGAGCAUAAUGGUGAAGGCUGACAGAGGUAGUGUGGGAAGAAAUUAAGGACCAAGACGCUUCCCAAAACAUUUUCACUGUUGGGCAACGAGACUGUUCAUGACGGGAUGAAAGUUAACGGGCUGAUUCAGAGUUUUUGUGAAUCCGUAGCCCAUGGCGCCGGAUUGUUUUGGAACUACGAGCUAAGGGGUCUCCAACUUGACGGAAUAGUGUUGUUUUAUUACGAGGCGCGAGAAACCUGUCUAAGUGUUUGAAUGUGUUUAAAGUAAGGCCAAGCAACCCUCGACAUCUCAAAGAAUCCCUAAGAAAUCGGAUAAAAGUUUUUCGUGUGUUUUGUACCGACUAUCAUGCCUGCGCGCAAUUCCAGAAGAAGGCAAAAGGCAAUGGCAAUGGUUGAGCAUGGAAGCAGUAGCUCCGAGCCUUUCGGUACUUCACACAAAAAGAUGCUGAAAUGUGUUGUGGUCGGCGAUGGAGCGGUCGGAAAGACCUGUUUACUGAUGAGUUACGCAAACGAUGCUUUCCCUGAGGAAUAUGUACCAACAGUGUUCGAUCACUACGCAGUAAAUAUAACAGUAUCUGGCAGACAGCACUUGUUGGGAUUGUACGACACUGCUGGACAGGAAGACUACAACCAACUGCGGCCCCUCUCCUACCCCAACACAGAUGUUUUUCUCAUCUGCUUCUCUGUGGUGAAUCCGGCCUCCUACCAUAACGUCCAGGAGGAGUGGGUCCCAGAGCUCAAGUCCUGCAUGCCUCAUGUCCCAUACAUCCUGAUAGGCACUCAGAUUGACUUGCGAGAUGAUCCAAAGACCUUAGCCCGCCUGCUUCAAAUGAAGGAGAAACCACUGACUUAUGAGCAAGGCCUGAAGCUGGCCAGACUGAUUGGGGCACAGUGCUACCUCGAAUGUUCAGCGCUGACCCAGAAGGGACUAAAGACAGUAUUUGAUGAGGCCAUCCUGACAAUCUUCAGCCCCAAGAAAAAGAAGAGGGGCUGUGCACCAUGUAGGAGCUGCUGCAUUAUUGUAUGAGCACAGACAGAAGCCAUGAGACACAUCCUACUGUGAAGACCACACCUCCAGAUCUCAGUCUACCUGACAUGAGAGUGACACAAAUCCAGGCCCGUUAAACACCUACCUUUGCUGCCUGUCCUGCCACUAGCCUGUAUGGUGAUCUGCCAAGAAAGUGACAAACACUGUACUUCAGGACUGCUUUUAGCUUCAUACCAGUGCCAUAUAAAUCAUCAUCAUCUCCCCUCCAGGCUUGAGGACUUGUAGCACUUGAAUGGUGAUCUUGCAUAUUCUGUAAAUUUCUUGGGCUCAUGGGGAAAACAAACAACACCACACACAUGCAGACUUUCAUGUAAACAACAAGAAAAGUUGUUUCUUUCAUGACAAACCUACUUGCGCACAAAUCUGCUCUGCUUACACUUCAUUUCUGAGAUGCAGAAAGUGUGAAAUAGGGUUUCCCUUCUGUUUUUAGGAAACCACCAGCAGUUGUCUCUUAGAUGACUAUCCUGAGCUUUUUGCAAGCUCAGUACAAGUGCCUUAUUCACCCACCAAUGCCCAGCACAUUUUUAUACUGCCGUUCAUCUAUUAGUUUUCAUGCCAAAGACAGUUUGCUUUCCCAUUUUACAAAAGGACAUCCCAGUCCUGUGAAUUGACACUGCCCAAUCGCCAGUCCAACAAACCAUCUUGUUUUCAACUGUGGGCUAUUGAAUUUUUGGCCCCAUGCAUUACAGACUUUCUCAGGGCCCACGAAAAAUGUUGAAAAUCCAUUCCUCCGUAAAGGGUGGCUUCUUGCCGUCGCCUCAGAUCAAUAUUGUGCUGUCUUUCCACACUCAAUGCAUUAGUGGUCUGAGAUAGUUAAUAAGGGAAAUUCUCAGGAGGCUGGAUAUAUCAUCAAUAAAGAAUGAGAAGGUACAGAUCUUGGAGAAGGAAAGACAGAGAGAAUCAAAGGGGAACAUUCUUAACACAAUUUAGUGUUUAAGUGAGCCAUUUAAAAUGAGCAGUUUCAGUAAUAUAACCACAGGCUACAAAGGUGCAUGCUCACAAAUGUGAACUAUGCAUUCUGCAACACAUGAAGACUCAAGCAUGUCAAAUUUGUUGCAGGAUUAUAAAGCAGUAAAAAAUACUGUUUUUCACUGUGAUGUUUUACAGCCCUUAAUCCCAUAUUCUUCUGAUAAAGAAGUGCACUAGUUAUGUUUUCGUAUGUGCCUAAAUUCCCUGCAACCUAUUGGUUGGAAUUAAGAGAAUAUAAACUCUACUGAAAUUAAUUUUUACAUUUUCAGUUGUGUAGCUUUAUCCACCUUAACAAAAACCCAACAGCUUUUCUCUCCACAAAAGUCAAUUUCAGACAUUAUCCAUGUUUUUGAUGGCAAUGCUGGGCAAACCCUUAGGGCAUGCAGCAGACGGUUUAAGAGUGUGUUUUUCAAUAAUUUACACUUCAGUGAAAUCCUCGUUCAAAACAAAGCAAAACUCUACCAAAGGUUCCAUUUAUAACCUUUCAGUCUGCUCUUCAGUCUCUAUGAGAAGCAUUUAUGCAUUUUUUUUACUGUUCCCUUUGACCUCCUCAUUUCAUUCAUGAAUACCACACAAAGCUUUGCUCUCAAUCCCUGUCUUUGUCCAUAGACCUUAAACAGCCAAGAGCCUGACUCCAAAUUUUGAUGCAUUUCCUCUCGUAAAAUGUGAUCUUGUGAAUUUCAUGAAAUUUCAGUCUGUUCACUCACUUGGGUGAAUUAUGACAAAUGCAACUGUGAAUUUCAAGUUAAAUUUCUUUUCAGUGCCCCAUGCUAAUUACAAAUUCACAGUUUUCAAGGGACAGAAUAGACAGUUAAGCUACUGCAAUACGCCAAUUAUGUCAAUCGAAUCUUCUGUAUACUGCCAUAAGUUUAAGGUCUUAAAUCAGCAAAGUAACAUCUAAUUCAUUUUAACUGCCAAUGCAAUAACACAGAAGUUUCGGUACCUUCUCACAUCCUUAAGUGUCUGAAAUAAGCAUGAACGAACACAAACUGAUCUCCAAAUUCUGAAUGCAUCCCUGGCCUGGUACUGAAAUUCUUCCCAUUUUAGCUCUUUGUCUGUUUGUAAAUACACUGGUUGCCUUAUAGUGUGACCUCAGGGACUUCCUCCAGAGCCCACAGGGUGCUAGUCACCUUCCACGCGACGGUAAGAAGGCUGGCCCGUGCCACAAUGGGGAAGCGACAGCCGCAAAUCUUGUGCCUUUGAUGUAGCAUACAAUUUGUUUCUUCACUUGUCUUACGACACUGUGCCUUUGGUAUUCCUAUGCAACUGUAAUCAUACAAAGAUGACCAGAGGUAGAAUUGGCCAUGCCAGCAGUAACUUGAACUCAGCGUGUAACUGUAAGUUGUUUUUUUUAAUGUAAUAAUAUCAUUCUUUUUUACUCUAUGUAUUAGUUCGUACUCUUUGACCGCUUUCUUUGCCAACUAUAGAAUGGUUUGUAUAUAGAUCUAUUGUGAUUAAAGCUUGCAAACAAACUUUAUGCAGACCUUUUGAAUUUAAAACCUUUAUUAAGAGGUCUUCGAAAUUACUUUUUGAAAAGGUUACUCCAUGUCACGUUUUAUUUAACAUUUUUUAUAUUCGUUCUUUGCCUAUUAACUAUACUAAUUUUAGCUAGCUAGGUAGCUAAUUUUCACUCACUUGCGUAGUAUUAAUAACUGCUCAGCAAUGUGCUUUUUUUCAAUUGCCCACAAAUAAACUAUUUGUUUAAAUUGUG